GGCGCCCUCGCAAGCCUCCCGUUGCUGAGGGGGAGGAGUUGCUGGCUGAGGCAGUUCUGCCGUGCCUUCCUUUCCCCUAACUCUGUCCCGCAUCUGGAGAGGGCAGACUUGUACUCAGACGGCCCAUGGGGCAUGGAGGAGGAAGAAGCGGAGGAGGAGCAGCACGUCUGCACGAGCUACCCUGCCAUCCCGAGUGUCAGCAUUGCGGUGGAUGAGACGAACGUCCUGCCGGGAGCACUGCAGCUGAUCCGCAAGCUGAGACCACAAUGGGAGACGGCGCGAGUUAAGACCAAGCUCUUCACUGAUGGUAUCACCAACAAGCUCAUGGCUUGUUACACAGAGGAGAACAUGAGGGAUGCCGUCCUAGUACGGGUCUACGGCAGGAAGACAGAACUUAUUGUGGACCGAGCUAGUGAGCUGAGGAAUUUCCAAGUGCUUCAAGAUCAUGGUUGUGCCCCCAGUCUCUACUGCACCUUCGAAAACGGCUAUUGCUAUGAAUUUGUGCAGGGGAAGGCGCUUGGACCCGAACAUGUGCAUCAGCCACAGAUAUUCAGGCUAGUAGCUCAGAAAAUGGCUCAGAUGCACAGGAUUCACACCAAUGGGAGUCUCCCCAAGCCUUGCCUGUGGCAGCGACUGUACAAGUACUUUAACAUUGUGAAAGCAGAGCUUUCUAGAAAGACACUGAAUUCCAGCAUUCAUCAAGAAGUGCCUAUUCCCAGUCUAAAAGUGCUAGAAGAAGAGAUUUGCUGGAUGAAGGAGCAUCUCUCUCAACUUGGAUCUCCAAUAGUGUUCUGCCACAAUGAUCUGUUGAGCAAGAAUAUAAUCUACAAUGAAGCGGAAGGUCAUGUCCACUUCAUAGAUUAUGAAUACACAGGUUACAACUACCAAGCGUAUGACAUCGGGAAUCAUUUUAAUGAAUUUGCAGGGCUGAAUGAAGUGGACUACAGCCUGUAUCCCUGCAAGGAGAUCCAGCUGCAGUGGCUGAGGCAUUAUCUACAGGCCUACAAGAAAAUGAGUCAGGAGGAGCCAGGAGAUAAAGGAAAAAACAGAGUAGGAAGUGGAUCUGUGUCUGAAGAAGAACUAGAGACCCUCUAUGUACAAGUAAACCAAUUUGCCUUAGCAUCGCAUUUCCUGUGGGCUUGCUGGGGCCUGAUCCAAGCCCAAUUCUCUACGAUAGAUUUCAAUUUUGCCAGGUAUGCAGACAUAAGAUUUAAACAGUACUUUAAAACAAAGCCUGUAGUGACAGCCCUUAAAAUGUCAAAGUGAUGUGAAAGUGGAAAGCGUCUUCUGGUUCACAGGAUUCCAUACUUAUUUUCUCCAGACUAGAGCACCUGCCACCCUGUCCUCUGAGAUCAGUCUCUUUUGCAGUUGCUUCAAGGCUGAGAGGUCAGACAUCAUGAAACCGAGAAGUAAAAGGAAAUCACACCUGCAAAGGCAAACAUUAAACCAAGCUCCGGGACCAUGGCUGUGCCACCUAAGGAUUA